UGUCCCGGAAGUGGCCAGCUGCUGCUGCCGCCGCUGCAGAAGAAGAAGUUGCGGCUGUUCGCUCAACAGUCAACUUUAAAAAACGGACCCGGUUAACGGAACCGGCGGGAUGGACACGGACACGGCUUCCCCGGACGCCACCGCGGACGUCAAGGUCAAAACGGAGCCGGACGACGACGUGGAGAUCCGCUGGUAUCCUGUCCUCAAGAAGCUGUCAGUCAAACUCACCGACUGCCGCCCGCUGCUGGAGGGGCGGGACUUCCUGUCUCUGGACGCCCACCCCCAGCUCCGGCGGCGUCGGCCGCGGCGCCCGUCCACCAUCACGGGCAGGAAGAUGGUGUACUGCCCCGACUGCCACAAAGGCUUCUACAAGCAGUCGCACCUGGAGGCCCACCGGAGGACGCACGGCGGCCAGAAGGCCAACGAGUGCUGGCGCUGCGGGAAGACCUACCCCACGCUGCUGAGCCUGGUGCUGCACCAGCAGGUCCACGACCGCGCCCGGCCGUACAAGUGCUCGCACUGCGACCAGACCUUCGCCCUGAAGCGCGACUGGAAGACGCACCACCGCACGCACUCGGGCACCAAGGCCUUCAAGUGCUGGUUCUGCGGCGAUGGCUUCAGCGCGCAGCGCGAGCUCAGCGACCACCUGGAGGCGCACAGCGGCGAGAAGUGCUACCGCUGCGACGUCUGCGGCAAGAUGUUCGUGUCCUACCAGGGGUUCAACUUCCACCGCAGGGCCCACCGGGGCAGCCAGCUGCUGCCCUGCAACAAGUGUGACAAGUCCUUCAGCAACCCCCAGAGCCUCAAGCUGCACCAGGUGACCCACUCCAACAGGAAGCCCUAUAAGUGUCCGACAUGCGGUAAAGGCUUCAAGCUGCAGGGGGGGCUGCGCUGCCACCAGCGGACGCACGGCGAGGCCAAGGACUACCACUGCCCCGAGUGUGGCAAGAGCUUCUCCAGCCUGCAGAACCUCAAGCUGCACAACCGCACACACACCGGGCUCAAACCAUACCAGUGCUCUGAGUGUGGCAAGAGGUUCACACAGUCGCCCCACCUGAAGGCCCACAUGGUGACACACACCGGGGAGCGCCCGUUCACCUGCACCACCUGUGGGAAGAGAUUCACCCAGUCAUCACACCUCAGGUCCCACAUCACGCUGUUCCACGUGGGGGAGAAACCGUUCAGCUGCAGCGACUGUGGGAAGAGCUUCACCAUCGCCCACUACCUGAAGAUGCACCGGCUGAGCCACACCAAGGAGAAACUGUACCAGUGCUCCUACUGCGACAAGUCCUUCUCCUACCACAACUCCUGGAGGGCCCACGAGAGGAUCCACACAGGGGAGAGGCCCUUCACCUGCCAGGAAUGUGGGCGGAGCUUCACCACGUCGGGCUCCCUGCUGAGCCACCAGCGGUCCAAACACACGGGAGAGAAACCUCACUACUGCUUCACGUGCGGCCAGUUCUUCUUCACCAGCUCGCUGCUGCGCGUGCACCAGCUGGACCACAGCGGCGAGCGCCCGCAGUGAAUGCAACACUGGUCCCACACAGUGAAUGCAACACUGGCUCCACACAGUGAACGCACCACUGGCCCCCCCACAGUGAACGCAACUGUUGCUUAAUUAUUUUGAGAAAAGAGGCGACUGUUUUUUCCCACAUUCCCAUGAUUUUGCAGAGAAAAAAAGAAACCGCAGAACUUGUUUUCAACUUUUCUUCAGUAUCAGUCGCCUGGACAUUCAUUCAGAUAGAGAAGAGGAGAUGAGGAGAGAGGAGAGGAGUCUGUGUGUUUGGGGUUUUGUGAACAGCUGUUUACUCCUGGAGAAUGCCACCUUCUCAUUAAAGAGACUGAGACUGGGACUCUGGGAUGGAGAUACAAGCUUUCUGGGCUGCUUCUAACUAACUUUGAGUUUUCCUUGAGAAGAAGAAAGCUGCAACAGAUACUACACAUACUACAGUUACUACAGAUACUACACAUACUACAGAUACAGCUACUACAGUUACUACAGAUACUACACAUAGCCUACUACAACUACAGUUACUACAGUUACUACAGAUACUCACGUUUUACUCACUUAAGUUCAUUUUUUCAGUCAACCAACCUUUCUGUUUGUCCGUACAGAAAAUGAAAUUAUCCAUUUUAUAUAAAAGAGAAAGAUGUGACAUUAAGAAAAAACACUCAGAGGAAAGGUGUGUGUGUGUGUGUGUGUGUGUGUGUGUGUGUGUGUGUGUGUGUGUGUGUGUGUGUGUGUGUGUGUGUGUGUGUGUGUGUGUGUGUGUGUGUGUGUGUGUGUGUGUGUGUCAUGGUAGUGAGGACAUCUCUACAUUCACUCCUUCACAUAUGGUUUUAAGUUUCCAUUAAAGCUCAAACUACCGAUUACUGUCA